AUGGAUGCACAAUACACCGAAGGGAUGGGACGAUUUUCUUAUGGUACCAGGUUUGAUAUUUUCGGUGCUGCUUGCUGCUCAGGGGCUCAGCUGAACAUGACGAAGAAGAUGAAGGUUGGUUUGGGUAUCACGUUGCUUACCGGAUCGAGUGGUCUCGCAACCUCCAUCCUCCGUUUCGUCGCCUUCAAACGCCAAUCACUUUUCCCCGACACACCCCGUGCAGCAUCGAAUCUCGCCCUUUACACCGUCCUCGAAACAAGCAUGUAUUUAAUUGCUGCUUGUCUUCCCGCUUGUCGGCCUCUCUUCAACAUUCUCCGUCACCCAUCUCGAAAUAUGCAAAAGAAUGAGGAUCAAAAAUAUCCACCAAAUUCACCCUCCGUCAAUACUAGAAAUGUGAAUGAUGACAUCGAAUUGCAACGAGCUAACGACGGAGGGGGCAGGAGUGAAAAUUGGAAUUGGAUUAGGUAUCAUGGAUUUGGUGAAGGUUUCCGAGGCAUGCAGGGACGAUUUAAGAGAUUGGGUUCGGAUGCAGGAUUUAUUCUAGGAAGGAGCAGGGAAACAUCACCUCAUUCCCCACCCGCUCAAUCUCAAUCCCAAUCUCAAUCUCGGUCCUCGCACGCCUCUCCACCCCAGCAAGAACGCGAUCCGGACCGACAAUUCACCGAUCAAGCCGAGGGCCGUCUAGGACUCGGACUCCACAAACUCCGUUCCGGCUCCCGAGAACGGAUAUUCAAACACUCAUUUCGCACGCCAGAUCGCGUACAUAUAGCUGAUAUGCAUAUGGGACAUGUGCAACAGAGUGAGGACCCAGAAAGCCCAGAAUCACCUGAGGGCAAGGGUGGUUUUGCAAGAGAUGGGAUUAGGAUUAAACAGGAAUUUGAUGUUUAUUAUGAUCGGCCAGCUUUAUGA